AAUGCCCAAAAAAAAUUAUUAUUUUUUAAUCUUUUAUUUGUUUGUUGGAGCGUCCAGCCGUUCAACUUUUUCAUUCAGCGAGGAAUUGAGGAAAGUUUCCUUUCUUCGUUCCAGGCAAAUCGGCGAAGAAGGAACCCCAUGAAAAUCGCGAUUGCUUACAUCUAUUCAAGGAUUAACUUCCUUCUUCAUCCCAGAUCUGCAGUCCAAAACAGGUAGGUCGUCUCUUCUUCACCGGUGGAAACUCUAGAAAGUACCAAAUGACGGAAAUUUCAUUUGCUCCUUCUCCAAUUUUCAAACCAGAGACCAGAUCGGUUUUUUUUGGACUGUAACUUGGCCGAUGCAAAUCAGGGAUAUUCUUUGAGGUUACCGAUCUUUUUGUUGCAACAGACAAGCAAAUUCGUCUACCCUAUUUGCAAGAUUCGUCCCAAUUCACACUAUUUGUGGCCAUCUAAGCCAUCCAGGUUUCUUCAUUUACCAUAAAAAAAAAUAUGUCUGACCAAACUCCAGAAAGCUCCACCUUCACAGGGGAGUCUGAUCCAAUGAAGCAGCCCGUCAAUCUUGCACAAAUUCUGGAAAUUCUCGAAAAUUUCCAGAAUUUAGCACCCAAGGCAGAUCCUAUCGAGAGCUCCUCCAAUCAGCCGUUAAAUUUGGCGGAAAAGCUCAACGAUAAAAACUACGCCAUUUGGGCACGCAAGAUGAGCUUGGCGCUUGACGGAAGGGGACGGCUCAAACACAUCACUGCCGCACCCCUCAAAAAUGAUGAUUCCACAUAUAUCAAAUGGAGGCAAGCAGAUUCAACGGUGAUAACGUGGAUACUGGAAAAUAUAGAAUCGGAUAUUGUAAAUCAAUAUAUCGAUUAUCCUACUGCCUGGGAUUUAUGGAAGGGAAUCAAAGCCACAUAUGGCUCCGGAAAAGAUCCCUUUCAAAUCUACGAUUUAAUGGUCAAAGCCAGUGAGAUCAAACAAGGAGCACAACCUCUUGAAAAAAUUUAUAGCCAACUUCAAGCUGUUUGGAAGGAAAUCGACAGAUGCCGACCCAACCCAAUGAAAUGUCCAGAGGAUAUGACGAUUUUUACACAAAUUCAACAACAAAAUCGUCUAUAUCAAUUUCUACAAGCAGUCAAUGAAGAAUUUGAUGCUGGAAAAAGAGAUUUACUCAAAACCGAACCACUCCCUUCGGUAGAAGAGGCGUACGCCCAAAUCCGAAGGGAGGCAGCAAGAAAAGGUAUCAUGAAAGGAGAAGGAGGAGGGCCAUCAUCGGGAGAGACUCCCUCAGGGAUCGGCGGUGGCCUUGUGGCCACACGAGUGGCGGUGCGAUCGGAGAAUCGCCAAUCGUCAUCUCGCACCUAUGAAGAAAAAUCGCACUUAAAGUGUACCUACUGCGGCGGAAUAAAACACACGGCCGAAGGGUGCUUCAAGCGGAUUGGGUAUCCGGAAUGGUGGCCGGAUAGUCCAAAAAGGGGAAAGAAACCGUCUGGGGUAGUUGGGGCAGCGGUGGGCAAUCCAGAGACCACCAGCACUGCCGCCGACCAUAUCUUCGCCGGUGUCACCACGGGAAAACAAGAGACGCAGAGCUCAGUGGUCUGCGAAUUGAUGAAACAGGCGGCGCAGAGGAAAGAAAAGGAACGGGGGGAGAGAGCUACGAAUGACUCUCUAGAGUGGUUACAUAGCCCAUUCUUACCACCUAGCCCAGCCUUGCCACUCGAAAUUGAAACUGUCCCAACCAAGGAAGUGAGUCGUUCUGUGGGAUCAUCUUUUGAUAACAAUGAAGAGUCCAACAACUCAGAACCCAUGUCAGAUUCUACUCCGCCUGAAGCUCCUGAGGUAAUUUUUGUUGUCCUUGCUUUGAUUAGGUAAGAUCAAACCGCCUCCAUUGUUGCAAGACAUUUUUAUCAAAAACUUCUCAAUGUGUCACAAGCUACCUUUACAAUCUACAUAUCUCUCCGUCCCCCAGUUUUUGUCCACUUUUGACUUUUAGAACUGUUCAUCUAAGCACUUUGACUCAUCAAAUUCUCUCAAUGUGUAAGCCUAAAUAUAGUCAUGUGUGAUCUUGUUUGAUUUGUCUUAACAUAUAGAUUAUUAAUAUAUAAUUUCUAUAAUUUUUUAAUAUACAAGUUACAAGAUAAAAUGGAUUAAAGAAGUGCAUUGGAUGGAUGUCAUGGGCCAGUAUGUAUGGUGAAGUGAUAAAAAAAUGUAAAUAGUACACUGUACUCAGAAAACAUCAUUUGAAGAUAAACACGAUUAUUCUAGAUUUUCAGCAUACAAUCUAUAACACCACUUGGAACUAUGUUUCCCAUUUAGCAUGCACAAUAGCUACAAUGGUAUUCAGGAAGUUUAGCUAUUUAAGGUGUAUCGGCGGAGCCUAUCAAUCAGUGUCCUAAUUAAUAAAAAGGGAUGUCUAAGGGGAUUCUAAUAAGGUACAUCUACAAUGUUUUGUUACCCACUUACCUGAUGCAAAGAAAAAUUGGUAUGUAGUGUUAGUUUUGAAUUUAAUAAGGCUUAAUAUAAUUAUUGUUUGAGAAUCAUUUUUAGUCUUUUUGGUUUACACUUUGGUUUUCCAAUUGGUCAAACACCUCUUCUUACAUAUUGCUACAAACGGAUUUUGGGUUUGGAGCUCCAUGGUCCAUUGACAUUUAGAAUUUCCAAUCUUACCUUUCAAUCAAAUACACUUUGUUGU